AUGCUCGCUUCGCGUCUUUACAGAGCUCUACCCCGAGCUACCCCCCUGGCAGCCCGUCAGGCGGCCUUCAGAGCCCCUUUGGCAUCCAGAUUCGCUCGCUUCGAGUCGACUGCUGCUUCUGAGGGUGAACAAAAGGUUCAGGGCUCCGUCAUUGGUAUCGACCUGGGUACUACCAACUCCGCUGUCGCCAUCAUGGAGGGCAAGGUCCCUCGCAUCAUCGAAAACUCCGAGGGUGCCCGCACAACCCCCUCGGUUGUCGCCUUCGCCGAGGAUGGUGAGCGCCUUGUCGGUGUCGCCGCCAAGCGCCAGGCCGUCGUCAACCCCGAAAACACUCUUUUCGCUACCAAGAGAUUGAUCGGUCGCAAGUUCACCGAUGCUGAGGUUCAGCGCGAUAUCAAGGAGGUCCCCUACAAGAUCGUCCAGCACAGCAAUGGCGACGCCUGGGUAUCUGCUCGCGACCAGAAGUACUCUCCCUCUCAAAUUGGUGGCUUCGUCCUCAACAAGAUGAAGGAGACUGCUGAGGCUUACCUUUCCAAGCCCAUCAAGAAUGCUGUCGUAACCGUCCCUGCCUACUUCAACGACGCUCAGCGCCAGAGCACCAAGGAUGCUGGUCAGAUUGCCGGCCUCAACGUCCUUCGCGUAGUUAACGAGCCUACCGCUGCUGCUCUCGCCUACGGCCUGGAGAAGGAGGCUGACCGCAUCGUCGCUGUUUACGAUCUUGGCGGUGGCACCUUCGAUAUCUCUAUCCUUGAGAUCCAAAACGGUGUCUUCGAGGUCAAGUCCACCAACGGUGACACGCACCUUGGUGGUGAGGAUUUCGACAUCCACUUGGUCCGCCAUCUGGUUGCCGACUUCAAGAAGACGUCCGGUCUCGAUCUCUCUGGUGAUCGCAUGGCUAUCCAGCGUAUUCGUGAGGCAGCUGAAAAGGCCAAGAUCGAGCUUUCUUCCUCUCUCCAGACCGACAUCAACCUGCCCUUCAUCACCGCCGACGCCUCUGGCCCCAAGCACAUCAACAUGAAGCUCUCUCGCGCUCAGCUCGAGAAGAUGGUUGACCCCCUUAUCAGCCGCACUAUCGAGCCCGUUCGCAAGGCCCUCAAGGACGCCAACCUCCAGGCCAAGGAGAUUCAGGAGGUCAUUCUCGUUGGUGGCAUGACCCGUAUGCCCAAGGUCGCCGAGUCUGUCAAGGGAAUCUUCGGUCGCGACCCUGCCAAGUCGGUUAACCCCGAUGAGGCUGUUGCCAUUGGUGCCGCUAUUCAAGGUGCUGUCCUCUCCGGCGAGGUUAAGGAUCUCCUCCUCCUCGAUGUUACUCCCCUCUCUCUUGGUAUUGAGACCCUCGGUGGAGUUUUCACUCGUCUGAUCAACCGCAAUACCACUAUUCCUACCAAGAAGUCUCAGGUCUUCUCUACCGCCGCUGAUUUCCAGACUGCUGUCGAGAUCAAGGUCUAUCAGGGUGAGCGUGAGCUCGUCAAGGACAACAAGCUCCUCGGCAACUUCCAGCUUGUCGGUAUUCCUCCCGCCCAUCGUGGUGUUCCCCAGGUUGAGGUUACCUUCGAUAUCGAUGCCGACUCCAUCGUUCACGUCCACGCCAAGGACAAGUCCACCAACAAGGACCAGUCCAUCACCAUCGCCUCCGGCUCCGGUCUUUCUGACAACGAGAUUCAGCAGAUGGUUGAGGACUCCGAGAAGUACGCCGAUGCUGAUAAGGAGCGCAAGCUCGCCAUUGAGGCCGCCAAUCGCGCCGACUCUGUCCUUAACGAUACCGAGCGCGCCCUGAACGAGUAUGCCGACAAGCUUGACAAGACCGAGGCCGACGGUAUCAAGGAGAAGAUUACUGCUCUUCGUGAGUUUAUCGCCAAGAGUCAGUCCGGUGAGGGCACCGCUACCGCUGCUGAGAUCAAGGAGAAGACCGAUGAGCUCCAGGUUGCCAGCUUGAACCUCUUCGACAAGAUGCAUAAAGCCCGCAACGAGGCUAGCUCGGGCGAGCAGGCUUCUGGCGAGCAGCAGCAGUCCACCGAGGGCGAGAAGAAGGACGAGAACAAGCCUUAA